UUUUUUUUUUAUGGAAACACUGCAACUCGGUCCGCAAAAAUUCGUGCGCAGAAACGGACGGUUCAAACGUAUCGAUCAUCGUUGAAUCGAUAUUCAAUGGAAGACAAUUUUCAUUAUAACUCAAUGGCAACAUAUUACGUCACAAGUUUUCGACGCCCGCUUAUGUCAAUCAAUCCACGCGAUACUCGUUCCGUCCAAGCUUACGUUUCGAUUAUCGCGCCUCGACAAUUCUAUUCUCCGUUCUAUUCUUUGUCCUUUGUGAAGGAUUCUCUCGAUCUAAAAUUAAACGUUACAUCUUAACAUCUCUUAUAGAAGAGUUUUCAGCGGCGUAGCGAACAGCAUCCGAUUGUACUGCCUGCACCGAUUUAAUUAAAUUUUCGAUCGAAAUUCUUCCCGUCCUUUAUUCCGGUCAAUUUUUCUGGUGGAGCUGGUAGCCGGGGAAAAAAAUAUUCCCUAAGAUUUUUCAUGCACGCCCGUUCAAGGUGAAGCCACGUUACAGGAUAAGUCCCGCCCCUGAAGUCAAAGAGGAAUACAACAAACAUGUGUAGGGAACGAAGACGGGUUUCCUUUUUACGGCACCUCCAAGAUCUCUAUAAGUAGGAGAGAUUCCCCUCGAUCCACGGUCAGAAAUAAACGAGCUUUUGUGCGCGCAAAUCUCAGGAUUCAUCAUGCUGAAAUUCAUCGUUCUCGCUGUCGCGAUCGCCACGGUUGACGCCGCUCCAACGUCCUCGUUGCCAGCUAAAACGGAGAAUCCGCCAAUCCCGACACUGCCUGCAUUACCGAUUUCUUCGGAAUCAACCGCAACGUUGGCACCGCCACAGUCUUCCGCAUCUGCCAAAUCUCUGAGCAUGAUGGCCGACGUAAAAACACCGGCCUCCACGACCAAACUGGCCAACUUGGCACCCCUGGCGACACCACUAGCCGCGGCACCCAUUCUCUCACCUUUACAGAUCUCGGCGUACGCUUACGCCUUACCAGUUUUACCUCCGAUCGAACUGGCGGCAGCACCUUCCACUUACUCGAUCGAGCAGCACGGUUAUCGUAUUAUCUACUGACGUCACUCGCUCUUGGAUUCGAGCGGUAACUGGAUCUAGCCAGUACCAACGUGCGGAAUACGACUUCUCCCUUCCCAUAGAUUAUUAUUCUCAUGUAUCUUAUAUCGAUAAAUUUGUUCGGCAAACCACGAAAUAUACAGUUAAAUAUCAAUUCGUAAAAUCGAAA